GGAAAACCAACAUGGGCAAUCGUCACAGCCAGUCUUACUCGCUCUCAGAAGGCAGUCAACAGUUGCCCAAAGGGGACACCCAACCCUCGGCAGCCACGCAGCCUCUCAGCCACCUAUCAGGGAAUGGAAAGCCAGAGGCCCCACAGCCCGCCAAAGCGAGAAGUCAUCAGGGUUUUGAUGUGGAUCGAGAUGUCAAAAAGCUGAACAAAGCCUGCAAAGGAAUGGGAACGGACGAGGCGGCCAUCAUUGAAAUCUUAUCAACCAGGACAUCGGAGCAGAGGCAACAGAUAAAGCAGAAGUACAAGACCGCGUACGGCAAGGACCUGGAGGAGGUGCUCAAGGGGGAACUGAGCGGAAACUUCGAGAAGGCAGCCCUGGCCCUCCUGGACCGCCCCAGCGAGUACGCUGCCCGGCUACUGCAGAAGGCCAUGAAGGGCCUGGGCACUGAUGAGGCCCUGCUCAUCGAGAUCCUGUGCACAACCACCAAUAAGGAGAUCAUUGCCAUCAAAGAAGCCUACCAAAGGCUAUUUGACAGGAGCCUUGAAUCGGACGUGAAAGGUGACACAAGUGGAAACCUAGAAAGAAUCCUGGUGUCCCUGCUACAGGCUAAUCGUGAUGAAGGAGAUACCGUGGACAAAGAUCUGGCGGGUCAGGAUGCCAAAGAGCUGUAUGACGCAGGGGAAGGCCGCUGGGGCACAGAUGAACUUGCCUUCAAUGAGGUCCUGGCCAGGAGGAACUACAAGCAGCUCCGAGCCACCUUUCAAGCCUAUCAGAUGCUCAUCGGCAAAGACAUAGAAGCAGCCAUUGAGGAAGAGACAUCAGGAGAUCUGAAGAAGGCCUAUUUAACUCUCGUGAAGUGCGCCCAGGACCGCGAGGGCUACUUUGCCGAGCGUCUCUACAAGUCCAUGAAGGGAGCAGGGACCGACGAGGAGACGCUGAUCGGCAUCAUUGUGACCAGGGCUGAGGUGGACCUUCCAGGGAUAAAAGCAAAAUUUCAAGAGAAGUACCAGAAGUCUCUCUCUGACAUGGUUCGCUCAGACACUUCCGGGGACUUCCGGAAACUUCUAGUGGCCCUCUUGCAGUGAGCCAAGCCAAGCCAACAGCAACACAGAGAGAAGCCGCCUCUGUCAAGAGCAUGUUCCAAACACAAAACCCCCUCAAGAGCCCAGGUUUAUUUUCUUGGAAGCUUACGCAGGGCAGCCAGACCAUGCUCAAUGACUCAAGGCGCUCGGGUGGGUCACCUUGAACGCUGGCUUAGCAAGUAUCUGGGCUGCCUCUUAAGGUUUCUUUAGCGUGGUGACUGAAUGCUUUCCACACACAAAUGGAAUCAGCAGUCGAUGAAAAAGCUAUGGUUUUAAUGAAAUGCUUAGGAGAGUACAGACUGCACAGGGGUGUGUGGGGGCCAGGUAAAGACAGAAUGGUGAAGGAACAGGGGAGACAAUUUGACCGAUUUGCUAAUUUUCCUUCUGUGUGUUCUAUGCCAAAGCCUCAGCGUUCAUUAAAAGUUGUCGAUUAUGCCUCC